AUGGAAUUCACAGUAAUUAGGGAUGCAGACUGGCAAGUUGUUGCUGAAGGGAUGAGAACAAUGCAGUUAAAGCCUGCGAUCCGAAUUAUUAGUAGCUGGAAACGGUUCUCCACACUGCCGUGCGGCGUGCGACCGGACGGUGGGGUUCACCCUGGGCAGAGGUCGAGUUCUGAGGUCAUCUUCCGUGAGUAUGUCGAGAAGUUGAACAAGCCGCGUGUGAUGGUGAGGAACCGAACAUUUGAGCCGAGAUACACUCACCGAGAGUGGAAGGUGCUGAGACCUUACGAACAAGUUAUCGGCUCUUGUUUGGCCAAAUGGCUCUGGGUGAACUAUCAGAUAAACGACUUUCCGUAUUACGAUCUCAAUAUAGUGCAAGUAUUCACUGACUUGAGGGCCUGUACUUCGAUGUGCAAAUCGAUAAUGACGUUCUUUGAGAAGAAACUCUCUAAGAACCAUUUCGAGAAAAUUCAUUACAUCUUGGUCCCACUGUACAAGCUAGACAAGAUCCCCAGUGCCAUCAUGGAUGGCAUUCCAGGGCAUGUUGAGUUGGUAAACGAUAUCAAAAAAUCACCCUUCCAUAAAACGGGAGGUAAACUUGGUGCGUUGCAAUCCCUGGAAAACUGGAUCCAGGACCCAGUCUACGUUCUCUUUCUGAACGAUAUUUUGAGAAAUAUAGCCCACGACUUGGUGAGGUUUGGAGAUCGCGGUUGGGAGCAAUGCUACGUUUGUCUUGACAACGAUGGUCAGCCGAGGGAUUACCAAUUUCACGAGAAUCCGGAUCCUCUGUGCCAAAGGACACUGGAUACAAUUUUUGAAAGUGGGUCCAUGGGAUACCCAACACAGAAUGUGUACGUACCGUCGCAGCUCAUCCAAUUAUUUGACGUCAUGCAAAGUCUGAUACCAGAGUACCGUCUCUUUGCCAUUGACCAUGACCCUACGGCCACUCGCACCGGCUACACCAGGUGGUUGCAAGACAUAAUAUAUGGUACGUUGAAAACGACCCCGGGUCCCCUCGAAACUUUACUUGAGGGGGGCCACAAAUUACCAAUACAGUUCCAGCCAGACUUCAAAUUCCUCAACAGCCUCUAUACGAACCUCGAGAACUCUAAAUUCGCCAACAAGAUGUGCGAGGUAACAUUUCUGCGCCAUUUUGUCAACGAUUGGACGGAUACAAGCGCGAGUCAGUCCUCGCAGAUGCAAGAGCAAUACAAAAGUCUCCAGGGAAGCCCGCUCACCGUGUUACAGGCCGCCUGA